CUACAAGCUUCGAAUAUUUCCCACUUACGCCCACGUAACCAGUAGCCAAAUCAGAACCGGAACGAUCGCCACGAUGCCGGAGGACGUAAUGGUGCCCGCUGGGGACUACAAGCUGGUCAAGCAGAUACGCCGGAACCAGGAGACACGUCGCAAGAAGGACCUGCCGUGGUCGAAGAGGAUAUUCGACAUAGACGAGCACAAAUUGUUCGGACGCACAGCUCUGGGUUGGAUGCGUAUCACUGGCUUCUACCUGGUACUAUACGCCCUAAUCGUGUGCAUUGUGGCCUUUUGGUUGGGCAUCUUUAUGCUGGCCAUCAUUGAUCCGAAUAAGCCGCGCUGGCUCAAGGGUCCGCCGGGUCUGUCGAUGGUGCCCAACCAGAAUCGAUCCGUGCUGGCCUACUUUACGCACAUCAUGAGUGAGGUCAAUCCGAUUGCGGACCGCAUCGACGAUUUCCUGAACAAAUUGAACGACAAUGCCAUUGACUUCUUCGCCGAUUUCAACCAGGACACUACGUGGGGCUACGCCACCGAAAAGCCGACCGUCUUCAUCAAGCUGAACAAGGUUAUUGGCUAUGUGCCGGAGACCUACGACACGCCAGAUGACUUGCCCAAGGAGGCGCCAGCGAGCCUUCAGGACACCGUGGGCAAGCUGGGCAACACGCCCAAGAUUUGGAUCACCUGCGAGGUGACCAAUGGGCCCAAGCCCGAAAUGGUCUUCUAUCCGGGUCCAUAUUUCGAGGCCUCCGAGAACAUGAGAGGAGUGACGCGCGUGGUGGCCAUCCAGAUGAACAAGAUGCCCGAGAAUGCGAAGACCUUCUUCAGCUGCAAGGUGUGGGCCCGAAACAUACCCAUCGACGAUGACUACCAGGGCAUGGGAAUUAUCAAGUUCGCGCUGAGCAUGCGCACCGAUGAUGACGGCAAUCCGGAUUUCGAAAGGCCCUCCACUCGUAAGGCACCCCGCGAAAUAGAUCUCGAAUCCGAAGAGCUCGUUCCCGAACCGCCAUCUCCAAAUCGACCAGAAAGUAUGCUCGGAGGAUUAGAAUUGCCGCCACCGCCAGAGGAUGAGAAGGACGCACUAGACGCAAUGGGAAAUGAUGCCAAGAAGGAGGAAAUGACGGAGCCACCAAGCUUAUAAGAAUUGGAAUCUAUUACUACUAUUAUUACCAUUUGGAAUUCUAGACAAAAUUUGCUUAUGUGCAAAUUACCUAUCUGUGUAGGUGUUCUUUAGGUUAUUUAAUUUCGAAUAAGAAUUGGGGGUAACCCACAUUUUCACAUUUC